GAUUUGGAAUGAGAUGGAAAACUGAGUUUCUGGUUUUAAAAUGUAAUUAAGAAGCAUUCUAUUACAAAUUUCGAAGGAAAUUAUAAAACAAAAACAAUGGAUUUUAUCAAGUGGUUACAAAAGUUCAAGAUAUUUCAACACCAUUACCGGAACCCAGAAGAGUUUUACCAAAGUUUGAUCGAAAGUUCCACCGCAAUAGCUAGUGUUUCAGGUUUGGGCGUGCUCAGCAAAGAUUUUAAAAUCUACAACUUCAACCUAAUCUGUUUGAAUGUGGUCUUUGCGGUUUACACAAUUGUUUGUGCGAGCACCUUGUAUGAGAUCCACGGGGACUUUGACGAUCUUGUGUAUUGCCUCGUGACUGUUGGAAUUGGACUGCAGGGAGUUAUGAAGAUGCUGACUUUUGUCAUUUACCGCAAGGAGCUUGUUUGGACUCAGGAAUACACGAAAAGUUUGUAUCGUGAAGAAGGAAAGACGCACUGGAAUUCAGUGAUGAGUAAUCUUUCAAUAUUGAAUGUUUUAACUAAAUGUAUUGCUAUCAGUUAUGCUACCAUGAGUACUCUAAUGAUCGGAACAUCAUUUGUGUUAACGAUACUAACGAGCAAGAAGACCCUUACUUUUGGAUUUUGGAUUCCAUUUCUAGAUAGAAACUCGUGGUUGGGCUACUUGUGUAACUUUGUAAUGCAAUUUUGUAUGACUGUUUUCAUAACUUCCGAAAAUAUGGGAAACGAUAUUAUCUUUUUUAUGGUUUUGCUCAGUUCAGUUACCCAAAUUGAAUUGUUGACGAUUAAAGUUCAGGACUUAGAAACCAGAAUGGUAAUAAACGAUUCAAACCUUCACAAAUAUAUCAAGGAAAUUGUAAAACGCCACCAAGAACAUCUCAGGUAAGUUCUAUUUAUGUCACUGCCAUAAUGUUAUUUUUAAUUUGAUUUUCAGAUUUGUACGAACUGUAGAAAAAAUAUAUCGCAACUAUUUCUUCGUUUUAUUUUCUACCUUGGGAGCUACUUUAGUGCUUGUGAUUUACACUAUAGUGACGGUAGGUUAGACUUGCUUUUUAUAAGUUAAAUUAAAAUAUAUUACUUUCAGCGUUUCUGGUUGGCUGGCUGCAUUCCAUUUAUGUUCAUCAUUUACGAUUUUUUCAUAUUCUGUUUCUUACCAACUUUUCUAGAGAUUAAGGUAAGCUUUUUUAAAAAUUAAAAUCAAAUUAAACAUCAUUUAAAACAAUGAAACAAAAUUAACCUUUUUAUUUUAGAAAGAUAAUUUGCAGCAAGAAAUCUACAACACACCCUGGUACAGGAUGUCUACAGGAAACCGGAAACUACUCCAGUUACUCUUAUUGGCGGUUCAACAGCCAAACUGCUUAACGAUGAUUUUCUAUCCGCUAAGCAUGCCCAGCUUUGCGGAUGUGCUGAAAAUAAUUUACAACAUAUCGGCACUGUUGGUUACAACGCGAAAUCGCUAA